UGUGUCUGUGUAUAGCUUUCGAACAACCUCCGCCUCCACCCCUUGCACCCUCCUCCUCCUCCCCCGUUCGAGUGUCCCUGCCUGGGCUGGUGCAGUUUGAGGGAUGGGGGGUUAGAGCAUGCACCGUCCAACAACUACCUGUGUGGCCCCCCGCAUGGAGGACAGUGGACAAGGAUGCGUUUGAGCACCCCUUUUUUUUUUUUUUUUUUUGCUCGGAGACCCGGGUACCUCCUCACUUUAUCGGACAUGCCGACGUUGCGACAUACUGUUGACAACAUAACACGAGAGGAGGAGGACAUGUUAAGCGUAACAGGAGGAGGAGGAGGAGGAGUGCAAGUUGGGAGGCAACGAGGCUGCUUUAGCGAUUGUCGGAAUAAAACGCAUUGCACGUGCAAAAGAUUUCCUGUGAAUAUGGCUUGGUGAGAAACUCUGGCUCGUCAGCCUCGCUGGGAAUCCCCGCACGAUUUUCAACAAGAGACGAGGAGGGGGGGAAAUAAGCAAAAAUGGACAAAGAAACGAUUGGUACGCAGUAUGAGCCCGUGGCCGAGAUCGGAGAAGGCGCCUAUGGAAAAGUAUACAAAGCCAGAGAUCUGAAGAACGGGGGACGAUUUGUUGCCCUAAAACGAGUUCGUGUCCAGACGGAGGAAGAGGGGAUGCCUCUCUCGACCAUCCGGGAGGUGGCGGUACUGAGGCAGCUUGAAGCUUUUGAGCAUCCGAAUGUUGUCAGGCUUUUUGAUGUGUGUACAGUGUCUCGGACUAACCGCGAAACCAAACUCACCCUGGUCUUUGAGCAUGUGGAUCAAGACCUGACUACCUACCUAGAGAAAGCCCCUGACCCCGGCGUGCCGCCAGAAACUAUCAAGGAUAUGAUGUAUCAGCUCCUCCAGGGGCUGGAUUUCCUGCAUUCGCACCGCGUGGUUCACCGUGACCUAAAACCACAGAAUAUCCUGGUCACCAGCGGAGGACAGAUUAAACUAGCCGACUUUGGUCUCGCCCGCAUCUACAGCUUCCAGAUGGCGCUCACUUCUGUGGUGGUGACACUUUGGUACCGAGCCCCAGAGGUGCUGCUGCAGUCGAGCUACGCUACCCCAGUGGACCUGUGGAGCGUGGGUUGCAUCUUUGCUGAGAUGUUCAGAAGAAGACCUCUAUUUCUCGGUAACUCAGAUGUUGAUCAGCUGGGAAAGAUUUUUGAUGUUGUCGGGGUACCUUCAGCAGAGGACUGGCCCCAGGAGGUGGCCCUACCACAGAGUGCCUUCACCCCACAGCCUGCUAAGCCAAUAGAAGACUUAGUUCCUGACAUAGACGAGCAAGGGCGGGCCCUCUUAUUGCAAUUCCUCGCCUUCAAUCCCUCCAGGAGGAUAUCUGCAUUUGCUGCACUUAGCCACCCUUAUUUCCAAAGUGUGGACAGCCUCAGUAGAAGUGUGUAUGCGGCACAGCCUCUCCCCAGCAACAAGCCCACUAUUGAAGAGAGGACUGCCUGAGAGUCCUCGUUGUCCCUCACCGUGUCCGUAAGAAGUAUUCACCCAUCUGCUUGAUUGUUCAAUCAAACUGCUUUAAACUACCGUGACAUGAGCUGUCAAUUGAAGUACUAUAAAACACAAAACGAUGCAAGACAAAUAUCUCUUUUCCAAAUGGCCUACAUUCUGCUUGGAUGCCAAUAUAUUCAAUGCCAAUAUGAGAAGGCCAGAGUGUAUUUUGGAAUACCUAACUUUACAAAACUUCCACGACUCCAAAUUUGGUCUGUUAUAGCUGCUGUUCGCCGAUGAAACAUUGCGAUCGAUUUUGGUAUAUCAGAACAAAGCAUGAACGAUCAUGUGGUGGGUACAGUAUACUUCAACUAAGUACUCAGAAGGAGGCAAUGCUAGGAAUGAGGACACCCCGCCCUGGAUAUGCACAAAAGCUAUCCUCCUUCUGUGAACUGAUGGAUUGAAAUUGCUGCUUUUAGGUUCUAAAAUGUUGAUGAUUGACUACGUUAUCAAUGCAAAGACACUUCUACGACUGGGACUAAUCAGUGAACGGACUGCAGACUCCAUGCAGCGGCCACUGUGUGACCAGAGUUGAGGCCCCCUCCCUUCUAAGAGUCGUCUCGAUGCCUAAAAUGGAUCUUUAUUCCAUUUUAUGGACUUGUGAAGCACAAGCGGGGCCGCAUUUACGAACACGUCGAGUGUGCACUGAUGCUCUUGCAGACACCAAACAAAUGAGUCAUGACUAACUGCCACUUACUGCCGCCAUCGUCGCAGGCUUUCCAAACGUUAUACUGCCAUCCAGCGGAUGCCCCGAGCAACUGCAGACCAGUAGCAGGAUUCUAAUGGUCUUUGCAACUUUUUGGGUCAAGCACACUUAAAGGCAUUCAUCACCAUCAUGGGCUGAUACCGGUGCUGCGGCAAUGAUGAAAAUGAAAAGUUCUUGCCACUCCCUUGAUGUUUCUGACAUGGUGAUUGUUAGUCAUCAAGGUCUCAUAACUUUUUUUUUUUUUUUUAAAUAUCAAAGUGACACAGUAAUCGUACACGCUUGCAAUAGGUGGCUUUAGUCCCACCAGCACGAUUCAUCAGUACAUUUGGCAUAGAAUUACGCUACCAAUAUUCUGUAUUUAAUUGUAAUUUUAUUGCUAAGUCUUAUAUGCAUGUUUUAUCAAGUUGCAUACUUGAGUUUUAAGAUGCCAGGGCAUAAAGUAUUCUUACACCAACUCUAUAGAGGAUUGCUGAACCUGUGUGAGGAUAAAUUGACGAUGUAAGGAAUGUAUAGAUGGCUAGAUGACUACAAUGUACUGUUUAUAGUGCGGCGGUAAUUCUAGAAAAUGUUUGAUAUUUGCAUUGUCAGCCCAUAGAAAUGUCACAAAAGCGGAUCAGGAAGCAAAGUGAGGGUCAGUGGAAUGUUGAAUGGCAAGAGUAUUUUGUCGGUUGGCGGGUUCUGCGGGUGCUUGUUGAAUUUCUUUCAGCUUGAAAGUGGCUGCAAAUGUGUGCGCGUGAUUAUUUUUUUUUUAAUAAUGCACAGAUAUCUUAACCCUGACUCCCUCCCGAUAUUUUCUAUGUAUGGACCACAAUGUUCUAUUUUUACUUUUUGCCAGCAAGGAAAAAAGCAAGUUGUUCUCACAGAACAGUAACAUACUUUAACACUGGUGUACCUUCUCUGAACUGGUCGUGCUGCUAGCACACACGUACACACACACAUACACACACUCUGACACAGACACAAACACUCAUUCUUUCUCAGGUUUUUGAUAUGGGUGUCCAAACCUUUCGCACAGUUUGCACAUCCUCCGGCGACUAACUGACCACAUUACAACUCUUUCAGGUUCUCUUCAAGCUGUCUAAUGAUCAUGCCAUUGAUCAUAUUCUACUGUCAGUCCUAUUUAUCACGUUAUGUUACUGUAGUCAUGACUGUAUGGAUAUAACUGCCUGUAUAAGGAUUGUUUUGACACAAAAACAACUUCUUAUCGCCAAUUGGUGAACAUAAUCCACAAAGCAUUGUCAUCUUGACGAAGCACUGUGCAAACAUUCUGUUGGGAAAUGACUCGUAUCUGAUGUUGUGACAUGCAAUGCAAUGAAAGUUCAAACUAUUUUAGAUUCAUAGAAGUUUUGGUAAUGACUGCUUUAGUCUUUUAAACUUGAUACAAUCACUGUGUGUGUUUUAUUUUCUUAGCCAGUAACGUCACAUUUCAAACAUGAGUAAAACUGAAUUCCGCUUUUAUGCUUUUAGUGGUUUUGCUGUUUUGAAACAAAAAGCUUCAUCCGUCUUGUUGCUCGAAUAACACGUUCCUACGUCACAUUGGGAUCGACCAUGAUGUUGUUGAAUGAAUUCAAGAAUUGGUGUCUUAUUAUUGUUUACACCAGCUGAAUUAAAAGAACGCUUUUUAUGAAAAUUGUGUUGGAUUCUAAGUAUACAUGACACAUUUUCAUGUAACCCUGCAAAUAAAUGGGGUAUGAUAAAUGAG